AUGCAGAACGAACAAGACGAAUUUGUAGCAACGUUGCAGUCGUUCAAAGAAUUGAAAUCCGGCAUUUCAGGGUCCCGUAUCAAGAAACUGACAUCGUAUGCGCUUGAUCAUGUGGACCAAGAACCUCAGCUCAUGCAGAUGGUCAUAGAUUAUUCCAAAACCACUCCAGAGACCCACAAGUUGGGAUCCUUGUACAUCAUAGAUUCGAUCGGUAGAGCAUAUCUCGAGCAAGCCCGUGCGCGUGACGAUUACAUUAAACCAACCGCCAAGGAAGGUUCUUGUGCCCAUGGGGUUUACGUUCUGGGUGAGGCUAUCCAGGACUUGCUGGGAAACGCCGUAAGCAAGAGUAACGAAGAUCACAAGGACAAAAUACGUACGUUGAUCGAUAUCUGGGACAGAAGUGGCCUUUUCCAAAAAGGUUAUUUAAACGCCGUAAGAGCCAAAUGGUUUUCACCCAUUAACAAUUCUUCCACUUCUUCGGCUGCAGCCUUCACUAACACCAAUAGUUCUUUUGUCUUGACACAAGAUCCAGCUAGAAGAUGUAUUGACAUCUUGAACAGUCUGCAACCGAUGGCCAACCUUCCGCUGGUUACAGUACCCGCCGAUUUGCAAUCUGCAGACAAGGCUUCACAACAGGCAGCUUUGUUUCAUUUCUUGGUCGAUCUACAGCAAUCUCAGAGCAUAUCCCCUGUGGCUAUACCUGUGUCUGCUCCUUUACCGGUUGCUCGUCAAAACGUUCCUACCGUUAAUCAUAGUCAGCAAGAGCAAAGCACGAGAGAGGAUAGACGUGACCGUUACAAUAACUCAGCUAGAAGAACUAGGUCUCGUAGUCCCCCCAGAAGGGAAAACUACAGGAGUUCCGAGGGCCCCAACGCCUCUAAUAACCACCAUCUUUACCCUGGUGAAGAAAAUGUACCUAGUAGCUCUCAUUUCAGACCCAAGCCCGUCUCUGUAGAUCACACGGUUCCUCCUGAUAGCAUUAAAGUGUUUAGUCGUACACUAUUUGUCGGAGGUGUUCCACCUUCUAUGAAAGAGUAUGAUAUUGCACAUGUAUUGAGGCCAUAUGGUGAAGUGCAAAGUGUGAUUUUGAACAGCUCAAGAAAGCAUGCUUUUGUCAAAGUUUAUUCCAGGCGUGAAGCUGAAAAUGUGCUCAACACCUUCAAUAAAGAUGGCUCUUCGCCACUGAGGACCCGCUGGGGUGUUGGUUUCGGUCCCAGAGAUUGUUGUGAUUAUCAGCAUGGUUAUAGUGUGAUCCCCCUUCACAGGUUAACGGAUGCAGACAAAAAAUGGACGACAAAUGCGGAAUGGGGUGGUACCGGUGGCCAACCUUUACAGCAGGGGAUGGCUUUCGAAGAGCCUGACAUUGUGGUUGGGGAAGGUGUUUCCUCAAAAGCUAUUUCUCAGAAGAUGCCCACAGACAGUGGAAGAAAUGGUCCUAAGUCUGGGAAGCCGGUAAAGGGACCUGCCUAUAGAACUUCUCCAGCUCAAAGUCAAUUCUAUGGCCAAAUGUCAUCGGCACCAGUACAGAAUCAAAUGCCAGUCCAAGCACAAUACCCGCCUGCCGGUUAUGGUGCUAGUCCGCCAAUGCAUGCUUAUGGCAUGCCACCUAACAUGCCACCACAGCCCACACCCGCCAUGUACGGAGGGCAACAGGCACCACCAGCCCAGCAACCCCAAUUUGAUCCCACUGCUCAACUUAAUUCAUUGAUGAGUAUGUUGAAUCAACAAAAAUGA